AUGAUAAAAUCAACAAAAGUUAUUGUAUACUUGUUAAGACUAAUAUGGAUAGCAUUUAUAAUAAAGAAUGAAUACUUUUUAUUUUGGUCUUCUGCAAGAAACUGUACUCUCUCUACUACUCAACCUAAUGUCGGUCGAUUUAUGUUAGUAGGUGAUCCACAAAUGACAGAUGACAUGUCUUAUCAGCGACAUCCAGUGAUCAUGUUUUUCACAAAAUACUAUAGUCAAUUAUAUAUGAAACGAAAUUAUAAGCAUUUAACAAAGGCCUUGAAACCAACAGAUAUCUUUAUGUUGGGUGACUUGAUGGACAAUGGCAGAGAAUGGAAUGAUAAAGUUUAUGCCAAGGAAGUAAAUCGCUUUCAAAAGAUAUUUCCUUCAGAUAAUAUGAUGAUUCAUUACAUGGUAGGCAAUCAUGAUAUAGGAUUUGGAAAUGGAAUAAAAGAACACUCUUUAGAUCGAUUCAAGAGUUAUUUUGGUUCGACGUCUUAUACAUUUAAUAAAUUUGGAUACACAUUUGUUAUAUUAGAUACAGUCUCUUUAAACUCUGAUAUCCCAAGUAUUCAAAGUGAUGCAUUCAACCUAUUAUCAACUCUCUCAAAUACAACUAAAACGCUACCUCGAAUACUCUUGACACAUGUUCCUCUCUAUCGAUCCCCUCAUCAGUCCUGUGGUCCUCAUCGUCAAAAUCCAGUGAAUACGAUACGUGAGGGCGCUGGUUAUCAAUAUCAAAACUUGCUUACAGAGUCCUUAUCAAACUAUAUUUUAACUUCAGUUCAGCCCAUCAUUGUAUUCUCUGGUGAUGAUCAUGAUUAUUGUAAAGUCAUUCAUCAGUAUGAAGAACAAGUGACAGUACCUACCUUUAGUAUGUCUCAAGGUUUACCUUAUCCAGGUGUAGUCAUAGUCGAUAUCACUGACAGAGGUGAACUCAUAACGCAUCUAUGCUGGUUACCUAACCAAAUCAAUAUCUUUAUUAACUACCUUUACAUGUCCAUCUUAACCCUUCUUGGUUUGUUUCUUUGGCAUAUCUUUCAACCUUUAUUGAUCAAUACCAACCUAAUCAUAAAUACAUUUUAUCAUCAAACAUCAUCAACAACAACUGAAACUCCUCUUCUCCCUCUCUACACCAACACUACUAUUACUAAUAAUAAUAAUAAUCAACGCAUUAUGUCCACUAUGAAAUAUAAUCUUUUGUCAUUUUUUUAUUCAAUUCAAUCUGUAGCUUGGAUUGGAUUUAUGCUUUAUUUGAUUUGUAUUCUAUUCUUAUAA